UAAUCGGCUUUUCUCGGCACUGCCUCAGCAUCUUCGCGCAGUCAAUUUAAACCCUCCCAGUGUGUCCAGUAUUCUUCACCUGUGGGACACACCGGGUCCGCUCAGGAGGACCAGUAAGGAGCGACGCUGGGAGAACUGGGAGGGCCAACCACGGCCAGGUCCCUCAAAUUCAUGUUUACAGUUCAGGUGUGGAGUCAUUUUAACGGACACCGACGACAUACAGCGGAUUAAAUCCAUUUUCUCUGCAGUUUUUUUGUUUGUUUUUUUUGCCGCUUUUUGCUUUUAGAGCAGAAAAAAAAAAUGUAAAAAAAUGGCGGCGUUUGUUGACAAAUGUUAGCUUAAAUCCUCCUUUUAGCGGGCGUUGUUAGCCAGUUACGCCGAACUCCAUUUAGAAAUCCAUCGAUUUUACCUUUUCAUCUGCAGAGCUUCAGACUGACUCAUCAUGUGGGAGAAAAUACUUAUGCUGCUGCUGUUUCACAGUGUGGAAGCUGUAGUGGCGUCUCAGUGCUGGCAGGGGGCGACCUUCUCCGAGGCCGUGGUGUCUCCGGCGGUGGAGAGCAGUGGGAUCCUUCGGGUGCCAGGUGUUGCGUCCCUGCCGCAGUGUGUGGCGGCGUGCUGCGACCUGCCGGGCUACGACCUGGCAUGGCUGUUUGAGGGCCGCUGCUACGUCCUGAGCUGCCAGCAGAGGGAGAACUGUAGACCCCGAGAGAGGCCUGGCGCUGAUUCCUUCCUCGCCUUCCUACGCCGGGCGUCUCCUCAGACGCUAGUGCUGCAGUCUCUGGUGAGAGGGGAGCCGUAUGGUGGCCGCUGGACGCCCCUGUCCCGGUCCUCUGAGGCCCCUGGAGACCUGGACGCCCUGAAGGAUCUCGCCCUCUUCGACCUGCCCCAACAGGGCUUCCCCGACCCCGAGAUGCUCGAUGAGGAGUACUCAGAGGGGGGCCAGGAGGAGAAGGCCGGCUCAGAGCUGGAGUCUUUAAAGGGAAGAGACGGGUUCAACCAAUCAGACGCAGAGGAUGGUCCAGAGAGGGGGCUGACGGAGGGCGGCGUGGCCCAGAUUAGAGCCUCUGAGGGGAACAUAAGUCGAAGAGACGAAGACCGAACCAGGAGGCCGACUGAUCCUACUGCUGCAGAGACAACAACCGCUACAAAAAGCAGCAGCACUGUUUCUACACCACUGAAACCAGUUAGCAGCUUCACCCAAGACCCCAUGAAGACUUCAGCCCCGACCCCAUCUGCACUGCAGCUGCUCAUCAGCACAACAACAAAGCCAGGUCGAUCACUGACGGUGUCUCCUGGAAACCCUGCAGAGCUAACGUCACCCACAGCGGAACUCACUGCCUCAGUCGCCCCUGAAUCCACUAAAGACAUGUUAAAGUUGCUGCAGUCUGCACCGGAAGCUUCACCAACCACUACUCACCUGCCGGUCUGGACCGUGGCCUCUGACCCCCCCACUGCCUCCUCAGCAGCCAGUGUUAACCCUCCGACCACGACCUCACCGACUAUUGCUGAGUCAGUGUCAGAGGUCAGAGGGUCAAACCGUGGUCCGGUGGCCGUCGUGGGUCCCGACAGGACGCUGUUUCUCCCGGUGAGCAGUGUGUUGCUCAACGGCAGCGGCAGCACCGACGACCACGGCGUCAGCAGCUACCACUGGGAGGUGGUCAGCGGUCCUCCUGGUCUGAAGCUGGAGGACGUGGAUCAGGCUGUGGCCACACUGACGGGUGUUCGAGUCGGGCGCUACACCUUCAAACUGACAGUGUCUGACCAGCAGGGGGCGACAGACAGCGCCUCGCUGACUGUCAGGGUCCAGGAAGCCACAAGUCUUCUACCGGUCGCCCACGCCAGCGGCAGCCACACCCUGAUUCUGCCCAACAACAGUCUCGUCCUCCGAGGCUCCGUAACCAACGGAGACCAGAGCAGCAUCCACUACAGGUGGACCAGAUACAGCCAGAGUCCUGCAGCUGGGGACGUGCUGUAUGAGUCGGACUCUCAGGCGUCUCUCUACCUGACCAACCUGGUGGAAGGAACCUACCUGUUCCAGCUGAAGGUGACUGAUGCUCAGGGCCGCUCCAGCUUGGCCACGGCCACCGUGGAGGUCCAACCAGAACCCGGCGGCGGCGAGCAGGUGGAGCUGGAGAUGCUGGUGUCGGUGUCGCAGGUCAGCGUGGCUCAGAGGGACACGGUGGUCCGACAGCUCGCCGCCCUGAUCCACGUCCUCGACAGCGACGUCCAGGUCCGAGCGCUGCAGGGACACUCCCACCUCAGCACAGUGUUGAGGUUUUCCGUCCGUGGCCCCUCGGGGCCCCUGUCAGGCUCCAGGUUGGUGAGUCUUCUGAGGAACCAGCUGCUCAGAGAGAAAAGCGACUACCUGCUGUUCAGAGUCCUGAGAGUCGACACCGUCUUGUGUCUGCUCCGUUGUUCGGGGCGUGGCCAGUGUGAUCCAGUCACCAAGCAGUGUGUCUGUGACCCGUUCUGGACCGAGAAUUUGAUUCGUCGUUACCUUGGCGACGGCGAGAGCAACUGUGAGUGGAGAGUCCUGUACGUCAUCCUCACCAGCUUCGUGCUCGUGGUCUUCAUCCUGUCCGUCAGCUGGACCUUCAUCUGCUGCUGCAAGAGGAGGCGACAGACCAAAGUGAGGAAGAAAACCAAGUACACCAUCCUGGACAACAUGGACGAGCAGGAGAGAGUGGAGCUCAGACCCAAAUUCAGUAUCAAACACCGCAGCACAGAGCACAACUCCAGCCUCAUGAUGUCGGAGUCGGAGCUGGACAGCGACCAGGACACCAUCUUCAGCCGGGACCGGCCGGUCCGCAGCAGGAACCGGAUCAGCGCCCACGCCACCCGCAACGGAAACGCCUUUGGAUGAUGGAACGACUGAUUUUUUUCUGGAAAUGUUUGCAUUCCGGCAGCAAGAGACACUUCAUUACCCAGAAUUCCUGCCCUGUGAGGUGAGUCAAAUGAACCAGUGUCCCCUUUCAGAGGACGUAAGACUUUUGAGGACGAAGCUGUGACCCCUGACAGGUUAUAACAUCCAGCUGUGGGCUGAGAGGCAACAUGUGGAUCUUCGUUUUUAACAGGAUGACCUAAAGUGUCUGACAAUUCAGACUUUGAGGGGAAAAAAUCCCCAGAGACACAGAAGACAGUUUUAUCAUGAGGACAUGUUUAGCCUGGCUUGGCACAAAGACUAGAAGCAGGGGGAAACUGCUGGACCAACUCCAUCAAAAGAGGAAGAAAAAAAAUCACCUUUUAGCAACUUCAACUCCUUCUGAUUUACAUAUUGUCACUUGUUAGCUAACAAACUAGCAGCCAGUACACUCAAGAGUCAGCUGGCUUUGUUUUAUGAUAGCUAUUUCUCAAUUAACUAACUGUACCUAGAAGCUAACUUGAGAUAGAGUAAACCAGAGGCUAACUGGACUUUCUCAAAUUCAAGGACUUGUUAGCGUUAGACGCAACUUACUGCUCAUUGUGUUGACAUCUGUUAAAACAUAACUUGGUGCAAUGAGCAGAAACAAGGGAAAACAGCUAGCAUAGCACAGUCAAAAGAGGAACUGUCCUUGAACAAUGUGAAAUCUGCAUGAUUUAAAUGUUUAAUUUUGUUAGCCAGUUGGACAGAGUUAGACCAUUCUACACAGCACUAUGUAGAAUUGACACCAAGACUGGAAAACUGCUAGCCUAGCACAGUCGAGAGGUAGUAUUCAAUUUCCAAGGGCUUUUUUCAUCUUACUAGCCAACAACGUAUUCAAGAUUGAUGACGGAGAGGCUAUCUGAACGUAACUCAAACCUAAAAGGUAAAUUUUACUUCAGAUUAGCUUCUAGUUUCUUUUAACUAUCUAGAUCUAAACAAGUCAUUAGCACUAGGCACAAUUUUCCAAGCAAGUUUAAAUCAAAAAAUAAUUUGUCAGUGUCAAAAGUGUGUUAAAAAGACAUCUUGAUCUCCAGUCUGGGACACAUUUAGCCUAGCUUAGCUGAAAGACUAGCAACAAGGGGAAGCUGCUAGCCUUGCAUGGUGUUUCAUGCUUAUUUUAAUGUCAAAACGUAGAGAUGGUGAGGGUUAGCAUUCAAGCUUUUUUUCCCCCCUACAAAUCCCAGCUGACUAGCUUGUUUGCUAACAAAAUUCACAUGUAAAUCUGAGUCCAAUGUUUUAAAUUUUUAAAAAUUGUUCUGAGAAUUACCAUUUUGUUUACUGAGGUGUAAAUGUUUAGAGUCAGUCCAGCUAAAUGCUAAAACCGGCAACUUGAAAUGGAUGCAAUGCAGUCAUAGGAGGCAUUUUGUCCCUUUUUACUCAUUUACACACAAAGAAGAAAAUAUGGUUCAUAUUAACAAUAAUAGAAUCAUUUUUUAACUAAAUGUAGUUUUCAGGAUAACCAUUAUAUAAACAAACUCAAUCACAGCAUGUAAUAUUAAAAAUCUUUAUUUUUCCAUUAAAAUCUACAGUCAGAAGUACAAAAAAAUCUAUUUAUACAUUGACUACAACGGUAUAUUACAAUUAAAUUAUAUUAGAGACACAAUCUGCUAAACAAACUGUCAGGACUGAAGAACAUACUGAUAGACAUCAUUACUGCUAUUAUUAGCAAAUCAGUUUAUAGUGGAAUUAGUUACCAAAUGGCUUGAUUUGAUUGUUGGUUUGACAUGAGCACAUGUUACGAUAAAUACAUUUUCAUUUAGCAUGACUUCUGCGGUUGAGCUCUAAGUGCUUUAACCAAUUUUGGAUUUCUUUGUGCUUCACUUAAAACCACGAAAGUGCAGGAUGACUUAAAGUAAGUUUUGAGGCUACAGACUUGUUGCUAUGACAUUUUCACAUCAAUUAUUUUUAGUUUUUCUUUAUCUAUAGUCGGGGUUACCUGCAGUAGGUGAUGAUCCCAAGUUAGAAGACGCUAAGCAGCCAAAUACAUUUUAUCCACAUUUACAACAAAAAUCGUUCAGUUUAACAGUAUUCUAUGUUUAGAGCAAUUCCACUGCUUUACUUUAUUGUCUGACAACUGAAGCUGUUAUCUCUUUCCUCAAAGCCACCACACUCAAUUCACAAAAACAGAAAUGUUAAGUUGCUGAGGUCGUUGCUUAAUGCUGCCUUGAUCGGUCAGUUUGUUUCUGCUAUUGCUGACUUUAGUCAAGUCAUUGUUGUUUAUAAAGCACAUUUAAAACACACAUUGGGCCUAAAUUUACCUAACAGGUUUAAAUAUUAAUGUUAAAACUCUAAAAUAUUAAAUCCUACACCAAAUGAACUGAAUCAUUUAAAAAUUAUACACUGAAAACACCCAAAAAUCCAAAGAUUCCCUAUGAGCAGCUGUUUUGGAUCCAAACUUGCAUGUUAAAACACAAAGGAACUGAUCAAUCGAGGCAGCGGCAUUCCAACUACUGCAGAGUUCUGCGAGGUUAAGUACUGUUUUUGUCAGUGGAUGCUGGUGGCUAUGAACAGAGUGAUGUAGCAGCUUCAGUUUCUCAUUGGAAAGCGGCUUCUGUUGACAAAAUGAAGCAAUGAAAAUACUUACAUUUAAUUUAAUCUCUACACUUGUAGGCAUCUCACCUCAACAACAGUCAAAUCAUCUAUAGCCAGCAUCCACAGAACUGCCAACAGUAUAAUUAGUACUAAUUACUGUUUAAUAAAGACAGUAUUGUUGUUUGUCACUGUAAGUAAUAAAAAUCAGUCAUUUGGCACUUAUGAUUGAACUGCUUUCUGAUAGACGCUUAGAAAACAGUCUCAUGUGCUUUAACCAGCAUUCAGAUCAACAUUUAUCAACACAGCAACAAGAUUUAUAGAAUUAUGUUGCAAUAAUUAACACACAAUUAUGGUAGUUUUUUUUCUUCCUCUACAACAUUAGGUGCAUGCAGACAUGUUCAACCCUGUUUCUCCUUCAUUUUUAUAUAUUUAUGAGCACGUUUUAUGUGUUUCAGAAUAAAAAUUGAUUAAUAUUGUUAUUUUAAGACCCAUUUUAAAACAAGUGUCCCUGUGGGUUCAAUUAUAUCAGAAUAUUUAAGUACCUUUGUCACUGCUAGGCUUCAUAUUCAUUCAUGAGAGAGUUUUGUGCAGGAAAAGCUUGGUCAUAUAUCAAACAAAUAAGAAAGGGAACUUUCAAAUUAACUGGUAUUUUCCUUUUUUAAAAAUAUAUUAACAUGUCCUGUUCACUGUUUCUCUGCUUCUUUGUCACUGGUCAGAAGUUAAAACAGAAGCUGCCACAAAUUUCACACUAAUGUUUUUUUUACUGACUUGCACCUUUGUGAAGAAAAAGCAUAAAUUCAUGUUUUAGUGACAGUUUUCAUUAUAGUAAUGGAAUACUGGAUUCUGAUUGGCUGCAGGUUGUUCAUUAUGUUCUGAUUGUUUUGCUAAGCCCCUACCCAAAUAGUCUCUGUCCAAUCAUAGCUCAGCGAUUCUGAACGUAGAAGUUCAUCUAAGACAAAUUCACCAGUUUUCUAAUUUAAAAGUAAAAAAAACUGUCUGUGAACUUACAACAACCAGAUAUUUUGUAACACAGCUGUUCAUCAUUUAGGCUGAACUCACUUAAAAUAAAUAGUUUUUUCUGCAUGUAAUUGGAGGGUUUUGAACUAAAUAUUUACCUCAUUAGGUACAUUUGUAAUUUUAAUAUUAUUUUUCUACUUGAAAGUACUAAAUGUGCAACAGAAAUAUGAGUGAAUAUUGUUUUGAUAUUCUAAUUUUGAAAUGAGACAAAUGUUAAAGAAUUAACUGAAGCUUCAUUGUAGGAGGCUACAGCGCCUCCUGCUGGUUCACAAUGAAACGGUCUAAAAAUAGGAAUAAUAAUUACAUCAAUAAUACUUUUAAAGAACAGCAUAAAAUGUUAAAAUCUGAAUUUUAACAUGAACCAUGGAGCCAAUCAGAACAUGUUAAUAUAAUACUAUUUUCCAAAGAAAUUACAUAAACACUGUAAUCAAUUAUUGCCUGAAAUAUUUUCUUACAUAUUAAAUGUUCAUUUUUAAAAAGCAACAAAAAAUAAAUGAUGAGGACCUUGUUUAAUAUCUCAUUUCAGGUUUAAGUAAUUUGGGCAGAUUCCUGAAAUCAUGUCAGUUUUAAUUUUUUUAUUUUAUAUUCUGUUAUGAGGGGAGUUUAACUAGAACCUGAGAUGUAUUAAUGUCACCGUGUUGUCGUACCGGCGGCCCCGAGGCGUCGCUUCGUCCUCGCUCAGGGCUUCAGGCCUCCAAAGCACAUGUACUUGACCUCCAGAUACUCGUCGAUGCCGUACUUGGAGCCCUCGCGGCCCAAACCGGACUGUUUGACGCCUCCGAAGGUGGCCUCCGGUGUGGACAGAAGUCCCUCGUUUACGCCGACUAUCCCCACCUCCAACGCCUCCGCCACACGCCAGAUCUGACUCACAUCCUGUGAGUAGAAGUAACCUGAGAGCAAACAGACGUCACAUAUGUGUUAACUAGUCCUCUAACCAACCCUGAACUGAGCCUGCUGACUGUGCAGCCGCUGCUGUUCUUCUCUGUAUGUAAACGCCUUAUUAAUAUGGAAUGUUUCACUUUAUUUUUUACAUUUUAUUUUCUAUUUAUUGAUCUGUGGACCCACUGAUGAGUUGUGUCCUUAAUGAAGUCUGAACUGAAAACAUG